UUGACUUGCUUUCUUUGAUGCAUUGUCUAAUAGUACUGAUUUCGGACAUGACCGGCUAUGUGCCUAGAACAAUAGUGCGUCAACGAGAACAAACAGCGCUUUAUUAUAUGUGCCGAAAACUUGGAGAGGGAGAAGGAUCGAGAGGAAAUGAAAUUACUGAAUUGUGGAUGGAGUACGAAGCAAAUUCUUCUCUAGAAGCGAAAUUUGUCAAGGACCUUGACAAGGUUGAAAUGCUACUUCAAGUGCUGGAUUCUAAAGGAGAUGAGCAAUGGGAGGAUUUGGAUGAAUUUUUACGCUCGACUGCUGGGAAGUUUCAAACUGAAAUUGGCAAAGCUUGGGCAACAGAGAUUGUUUCAAAAAGGAAAAAUACCUAAAUCCUCUAGUUAUUCUGAUUGAGUUUAUGAAUUCUUUUGAGAGGAAAAUUUGCGUCUCAAUUGGCUAUUGUAGCAUGGUGUAGGUAUCUUGCAUUCUUACUGUACAGAUAACCAAUACAGGAGGUGUGCAUGAAGCAACAUUUAGUAGAUGA